UUUAUUAAAUAUUUUAUAAAACUUAGAUAACAUUUAUUCCAGUCCUAAUGUAGGGUCUUUUGUUUUUUCUUUCGUGAUAAAGUUUGUUUUUCCUUUGAAUCUUUUAUUUUGAUACAUUUCCUUGAUAUUACCCGGUACCAACAUUUGCAUCACUAUGUCUGACUCUUUGGCUCCUAUAGUUGCUCAGCACUAUAAUAAAAUUGAAGAAAAAGGUUUAGAAGAAAGAAAACAAAGUCGGAUAUUUUACAUGAGAAAUUUUAAUAAUUGGAUUAAAAGCAUGCUAAUUAAGGAAUUUACUGAAAAAAUAAGAUAUGAAGAAAAAAAAUAUGUGCUGGAUAUUGGAUCUGGGAAAGGCGGUGAUCUAUUAAAGUGGAAGAAAGGGAACAUUGAUUAUUUAGUGUGUGCUGAUAUUGCUGAAACAUCUGUUGAGCAGUGUCAGCAGCGCUAUGUUGAAAUGAAAGAAAGGCAUAAAAGACAGAGAGAAAGAGGCUAUUGCUUCGAUGCAGAAUUUAUAACUGCUGAUUGUACUAAAGAAAGACUUAAAGAUAUGUACAAAGAUUCAAAUAUUGAAUUCAAUAUUGUCAGCUGCCAGUUUGCUUUCCAUUAUUGCUUUGAAAGUAUUACUCAAGCCAGAACGAUGUUACAAAACAUCAGUGAGUGCUUAAAGCCAGGAGGCUACUUCAUUGGUUCAGUUCCAGAUGCAUACGAUAUCAGGAGAAGACUUGAAGAUGCUUCAGAUUGUUGUUUUGGAAAUGAUGUAUAUACAGUUACAUUCCCAUCCAAGGAGCAACCUAAACUCUUUGGGGCCAAAUAUGAUUUUCAUCUCGAAGGUGUGGUGGAUUGUCCUGAAUUUCUAGUCUAUUUUCCAGCCUUAUUAAAAUUAGCAAAAGAAGUAGACUUAGAACUCUUGUAUUGUAAAAGAUUUGAAGAUUAUUACGAAGAAAAACGUAAAAUUCAAGAAGGCCAGUUCCUUUUAACGAAGAUGCAGGCUUUAGAAACAUAUCCUCCUAUGCACGAUAAUCAGAAGUUGAUGGGUUGUGAUGAUGAUUAUUUUGCUGCACAACAAAAAAUUAAGGAUCUUUUAGCUGAGAAGGAACCAGAACCAAUUUAUGUUGGUACACUUUCUCAAGCAGAAUGGGAAGUAUUUUGUAUGUACUGUGUUUUUGCAUUUGUAAAAAAGGGGAAAGAAGAAAAAUGAAUAUAUUUUAACUUGAAACAAAGCAUUUUACACAUAUGUAUUUCCAUUUGUUGUAUAUUUUCAUCACAAUAAAAACGUCUUUAGUUUUU